AUGGUAAAAGUUGCGUUCUCUUUUAUUUCAAAUCAACUCACAAACGGAAUAUAUACGUUAAAUGGUACACAUUAGUAUGAUAUAUCUGGAAUUGCGUUGAAGGUUCUGGACAUUGAGUUGAGCCGAGAAGAAAAUAAUGGAGGAAAUCAACCAGAAAAUGGGCAACAUGCAGUUGAAAGAUAACCAGAAGAAGAACAAGAUCCAGGUGUCCAAUACCAAGAAUCCCCUUUUCUUCUAUGUCAAUCUUACUAAGAGGUAUUUGAAACAUUGUGAUGAAGUGGAGCUAUCGGCUUUAGGAAAGGCUAUUGCCACAGUUGUUACUAUAGCUGAAAUUUUGAAAAAUAAUGGUCUGGCUGUAGAAAAAAGAAUCUUAACCUCAACGGUUGAUAUUAAAGAUGAGACAAGGAGCAGACCGAUCCAGAAGGCCAAGUUUGAAAUAAUAUUAGGGAAAUCAAAGGAUUUUGAGGAGUUGAUGGAUGCUGCAGAGGAAAAGGUGCUCGUUGAUAGAGACGAAAACAAUCAACAGUAAAAGAGGACAGUAUAUUGGUGCUUUGAUAUUCUGUUAAAUAAACAUAUUGGAUGUCAAUAGAGUAGUUUGUUAUGGUCUGUGGUAUGGUGGAGGAAUACCUGUUAUUAGCCUGCAUAAUUUCAGCUGAUUAGCACAGGGCUUCAGAUGAUGGGGGUUAGAAACUGGAUUCUCUAGUUCAUCAGAUUUUAGUUACCUCUCUGUGUGUAAGCUCAAAGUUAUACCUGCCUUUUAAGAUUCCUGUAGAUUUGGGAUUUAGUCUCAUAGAGGAGGUCUGUAUUUUCUUAUGUCGACAAUGUAAAACAAUGGAUUUUAGUGGAACUUUAUUUCUGAAUUUCUUCUGAUUUUAAGUAAUUCCAGUCAAUCUUCUAUGCAUUAGUGGCAGAUAACUAUUCAA